AUGGCCGACUCGGCGAACAAGUUGCAAGCACAUAUUCCGCCGGGCUCCGAGGAUUUGGUUUCAUCGAGGAUCCAAUAUCCACCACCCAAUGAUCCCAUUGUCGACGCUGUUGAUGGUCGCUCUGAGUGUGGCGGUAUGCAAACCAGCGAGUCGGAAUUUCACUAUGUUGGGAAUAACCAUUGGGCGACUAUCCUCGAUGGAAUCGCGGAUCUCAAAGACCAUCUCGAUCGUGAUGAGCAGUUCCGCCUUGCAAGUACCCCGUCAGAUCUUGAUAUUGAUGAGCAUGAAAAUGGUUUGGCUCGCCCUCGAUCUGGAUAUGCGCUUCUGCUGUAUGGAGGGCGCCGUCUAUGCUCAAAGGACGAGAUUCUCGCGGCGUUGCCUCCGAGAUCUGCUGUCGAUCGAUAUGUUUCCAGAUAUUUCAACUACCUCGACCUGGUUUCUUCUUCUGCGGUGCAUGGACCAAGUUUUCUACGUGAGUACGAAGCAUUUUGGAAGAAUCAAUCGAGCGCGCCUGUUAUGUGGAUUGGGCUUCUCUUCAGCAUGAUUUGUCUCGCAUGCCUUACCUCCGAUAUCCUAUCCGAGCCAAAUCCCGAGGAUCUAUCACUCCAAGUCGACCUUUAUCGUGAGAAAAUCGUGCAAUGUUUGACGCUGGGGGAAUACACAAGGUCAGGGCCAUAUGUUUUAGAGACAGUCAUAAAUUACACAUAUGCCGAAUUCUGCAUUCGAACCGACGCCGAUAAGGACAUCUGGUAUCUACUGGCCCUGGAGGUCAAUUUGGCGAUGCGAAUGGGCUACCACCGUGACCCAAGCCACUUUCCCAGGAUCUCACCAUUCCAAGGCGAGAUGCGUCGUCGACUUUGGGCAACAGUUCUAAUGGGGGACAUACUCAUCUCCAAUCAAAUGGGCAUGCCGCGGAUGAUCUCCGACGGCAAAUGGGAUACUUCAGAGCCACGAAACUUGAACGACACGGAUUUCGACGAAGAAUCGACAGAGUUGCCUCUCUCUCGCCCCCUAACAGAAUAUACAAACUCUCUUGGAAUCAUUGCACGACGGCGGAUUCUCGCAGCACUUGGAGCCGUGAUAGAUCUGACUGACGCGGUCAAGCCAUGUACCUAUGCUGAUGUGAUGCAUGUUGAUUCCAUGAUCCAAGAGGCAGCAGCCAGCAUACCCCCACCACUAAAGCUCAAGUCCAUGGCAACGAGUAUGACUGACACCCCCCAGAUCAUUAUGGCCCGGUUAUUCCUAUACCACAUGAUCUACAAGGGACAGGUUAUCCUUCACAAGCGGUUCUUCUACCCCAGAUCAGACAAUUCAGAAGAUCAAGCAACGUCUUACUCGCGAAAGGUCUGUUUGGAGGCUUCCCUUAGUACUCUUGAGAUACAACAUGUUCUUGACGAGGAAACUUGCCCUGGGGGUCAACUUUAUACCAUGCGAUUCCGCGUCACGUCCAUCAUGAAUCAUCAAUUCCUUACCGCAACGAUGAUUCUAUGCUGUAUGCUUCAUCGGGGACAGACGCUGGAGCGCGAGCAAGAUAUUCGUGCGGCACUUCAGCGAUGCAGGGCAAUUUGGAUGAGACGGAGCGAAAGUUCCAAAGAGGCCAAGAAAGCGGCCGAGACUGUCAGCUUCGUUAUGGCUCGAGCAGAUGAUGGAAAAAGUCAUAAUGUUGCAUUAACACAAACCAUUGCGCAUUCUGUUGGCCACUUCCCGCCAAAUCGUGUUCCGCUUGAUAGUCAAGAACCUCCAGGCUCUAUUCCAGAUGAAGCUACAGUGUCAUCUGACUAUAUGAGCUUUUUUGAUCCCGACUACUUUGUUAUGACUGGCUCUUUUGGCAGCUUCGCACCCUCGGGGCAGCCAAACCAGAGCUUUCCGCAAGCUCAGGACUUUGCAAUAGAAUUUAAUGGCAUGGAAAGGCGGCCUGAUGAAUGGAUGCUAAUGCCUUUCUACCGAUUCCAUGCUCUGGUUCUGAUGCCCGAUGUUUAUGUUCGCAACGGACGUCACCUGGUCUCUCGCGUUGGUCUCGACCACGAUACGAAUGACAGACACAGCUCGCAGCGACGCAAUAUCCUGACUGCCGCUAAACUGUCUAAUUCAAAUGUCGAAAUGGUUGGUCUUGGCCACGGCAACGAGCAGUCUAUUGAGCUUCGUCACGUCUCACCUUUGGCUGUGACCGACUCCUCAGCAACAGCAACGCGUACGAUUCAAGCCACCUACUCCCUUUUGCAAAGCGUCGCUGUCGAAGCUGGAUGCUUUCUCUUGUGUGCGCCCGAGUUGAUUUAG